AUGAGUUCUCCAUACUCUCAAGAAGAUCAAUUUUACGCCGAAGUGCCCGUGCGGAGGAAUCGACCAUCAAGCACCAGCUCCUACUCACCUUAUUUCAUGAGCCAUCAAUCACCUGGAGGAUCUACUGAGCCAUCGUUUGGACAAGGCCGCUACGACUGGGUUCAUAAUGGAACUCAAAACAGCAGAAAUCCUGGCAGCCAUCUCAGCAAAGCCUCUUCCGACAAAAUCGCUGACAAUUAUUCAUCUGAGACCCCUGAAAACGCUGCAAGAUACUCCUAUGGCGCAGCUGACUUGGGCUUCUUGACCGAGGAAUUACUCUCGCCUGGCCCAGCUGAUGAAAUGCAUGCGGUCGAGAAAAAGACCCCCCGUUUCGGCGCCAGUCGGCGCCCUUACGAUAUUAAUUGGCGGUUUGGUUAUGUUCCCACUAUCCCCGGCUUCCGAGAGCUCAUUGAUCCCGACACACCACGUGAGGCCAGAUCUAGAGUCGGCGCUGACGGAGAGGAAUAUGAACUUGUGUUCAGUGACGAGUUCAAUGUCGAUGGUCGCACCUUUUGGAAAGGAGAUGAUCCUUUCUGGGAGGCUGCUGAUCAACAUUAUUGGCCAACGGGUGAUCGAGAAUGGUAUGAUCCUGACGGCGCGAAGACAGAGGGCGGUUAUUUGGUCAUCAGAAUGAACAAAAUGGAUGCAGGUAUCAAUCACAACCUCGACUACCGCAGCGGCAUGUUGACCAGCUGGAACAAGUUGUGUUUUACGGGAGGAUACAUGGAAACGGGCGUGAUCAUGCCCGGCAAGCAUGACAUCGGUGGAUUUUGGCCUGCCAUCUGGACCAUGGGUAAUUUGGCAAGACCUGGCUUUGGCGCUACUACCGAUGGGACAUGGCCGUACAGCUAUGAUACUUGUGAUCUCGGGGCCAUGCCCAAUCAAACCCAUCCUAAGACUGGUGAACCCGGCACCACGGUUUUGACCUCAGAAGUUGGAGAUCUUUCCUGGCAACCUGGUCAGAAGCUCAGUCGCUGUACUUGCGCCGGAGAAGAUCAUCCGGGUCCCAGAAUGUCUGAUGGAACUUACAAAGGCCGUUCCUCCCCUGAAAUCGACAUGAUUGAAGCAUAUUCUUAUGAGAAGACUGGCACAGCCUAUGGAUCACAAUCUCUUCAAAUCGCACCUUACGAUGACAAAAGAACUUGGAACUCCAAACUCGGUUCAACAUAUCAAAUCUACCCCGAAUCAGGCUUCAGGACCAACGUCAAUCCUUACCACGGUGGCAAUCGUCAACAGACUCUUUCUUCUCUUGCAACUUUACCGCCAUCCAAUUUCGAGUUAGACGGCAACCAAUCAAUGGCGUAUGGCCUAGAAUGGGCACCUGACCAAGAGAAUUCUCACAUUACUUGGAGCCUUGCCCAAAAGCCGACUUGGACUUUAAACUCAACUGCUUUACAGCCGAAUUCGCGUAGUAUGGUCGGUCAAAGAUUGAUUUCGAACGAACCAAUGUAUAUGAUUUUGAACCUGGGACUCAGUGACACCUUCGUACCGGUCAAUGAAGCACAACUUACUUUCCCAGCGCACAUGAGGUUUGAUUAUGUUCGAUUCUACCAACGCAAAGGCCACAAGAAUGUUGGUUGCAGUCCAAAAGACUACCCAACCGAGAAAUAG